CUUUAUUCAGGCAACUAGGCCCACACAUUGCAUUACAUUACAUUAAAUAAAAUAUAAUAAAAAUAAAAUAAAUUAACAUAAAAUGGCGAUGGUGCGGUAGCGUAUGGGCAGCUUGCCAGAGCUAACGGAGCGCGCGCGACCCGCCCGCGCCGCGCGCACCGUGUCCGACCCACAUCGACAUCGAGCCAUCAUCACGCAGCUACCUGUGAGCACUAUAUGCAAGAAGGAAUGGCUUUGGAGGAAGCCGAAAGCGGCGUCGAGGGCACCGCCACCAGCCAGCCGCCGGCGGGACUCAGCUUCGUCCUCGGUGGGCGCGGCCUCCGUGCGGCGGCUCAUCACGCGGCAGCCGCCGCAGGUGCCGCAGCCCCUCGUGCACAGGUUCACGCUGCUGUGUGUGUCCAGCGGGCUCGCCGCCACGGCACUGCUCCCCUUCACCGCGUUCGCCGGCGCCGAGGCAGGAGCCAUGCCGCUCGCGCUGAUGCACUCCGCCGCCGCAGUCGUUGCGCCCUUCUCUCCUCUCCUCAUUCAAAAGACUGGAACCCGGCUAGUGAUUACGUUAGCUCACGUGCUAGUGUGUGUCCUGUUGACCGCUCAUACGGUGGCGACGCCCUUGUCGGUGCUACUGCCGCUGUACGGGCUGUGCGGAGUGACGCUAUCGCCGAUGUCGCUGGCGCUGUCGACGUCGGCGACGACGCUGGCGCAGGCGGCGGGGGACGAGGGCCGGCGCAAGGUGGCUCUGCGCCGCGCGCUUCGGGCGCUGCGCGCGGCGCAGGACAUCGGGCUACUGGUGGGCGCGCUGAUGCUCGGCGCCGCGCUCGUGAUCUGGCCCGAGGACGGCGCUCCGCUCACGUACACUCCGCUCCCGACGAACGCCACAGUGUCGAGGUGGCCGCCGUCUGAAGAGUUCCUAGAAGAUGAUUAUGAGGAGCGCACAUGCGGCGCAGCAGGGUGCCCGGCGGCGGGCGGCGGCUGGCGGCCGGCGCUGAGCGCGACGGGGCGGCGCGCCGUGGUGGGCGCCUGGGCGCUGCUGGCGCUACUGGCCGCACUGCUAGCCGCGCUGUGCGCCGCGCCCCCCGCGCCGCCCCCGGACGCCCGGUCCGUGCUGCGGGAUCCGCGCGCCCUGCUCGGCGCGCCCAUGGGAUUCUUCAUCGGACUCCAACAGGGUUUCAUUUAUACCUCAUAUAUUAAGUGGUACGGGGUGUGCGUGGGCGGGUGGAGCAUGGCGUGGGGCGCGCUGGCGGGCGCGGGCGCGCUGCAGGCGCUGGCAGCGGCCACGCUGAGCAUGGCGGCGGCGCGCGGCCGCCGGGGGGCGCUGGCCGCGGGCGGCGGCGCCGCGCACGCCGCGCUGCUGCUGGCGCUGCUGCGCUGGCGGGCCGCGCGCACCGACCUGGCGCUGCCCGCGCUGGCGGCCGCCGCCUGGGGCGCCUGCAGCGCGCUCUGGGACGUACUACAGACGGGGCUGUGCGUGGGCGGCGCGGGCUGGCGCGGCGCGUGGGCGGCGACGCUGCUGGCGCGGCACGCGGGGCUGGCGGCGGCGUGCGCGGCGCGCGGCCUGCUGUGCUGCCGCGCGCAGCUGGCCGCGCUGGCCGCCGCGCUGCUGGCCGCGCUCGCCGCGCACGUGGCGCUCGACCUGCGUCUCAGGAGAGGAGCGGAGGCGGCCCGGCACAGGUCCUAGCGAAGGGCCACGGCGACUCAGCUGGCCGCCCUGUCGCCGCCUGACGUCGCCCCCGAGGACGCCGCCCCCCAUUUCAUCAGCUAAUAGCGCCCCUACCGACACCCUUUGUUUAGGGACAUUUUAAGAUUACGCGGCACUUUUUCGGCGUUCCAACGAAUUCCAGUUCCAAUCACAGAUUUAGGUCGCACUUUAGCCGUGUUUUCGUACGAAUUCGAUACUAUGUCGUGCCCACACUGAGUGCGAGUUGGUUGUUGUAGACCACAGCGUUCGUAAUAGUAAUCGGAUUCGUACGAAAACGCAUCCGUAAGUACUUGAGUGUGACCGGCCUUAUAAGUAUUUCACUCAAGAUUUCAAAGACUACGAUUUAUUCUUCUAAACUUAGUGUAUCAUAUCUACUUUUUCUUAAGCUGUACAGUCAUGAGCAAUAUCAUGUACCCACUUUAGAACCCUGUCGCACUAACAUAUUUGACAUUUAAUGAGACUUACGGUUUCAUUUGUCAAAAAAGUUAAUAUGACAUGGUUUCAAAGUGUAUACAUAUUAGCACUCGUGACGGUAUAUUGCAUUUUAAGAAUAAUAAUAAGUAAGUAAUGUAAGUACGUAUGUAUGUGACCGAGUACCAAGGUCACACAUUUAGGUAGGUAUUUACCUACUAUUGCCACAGAAUGAGGAAUAAUACUACGUAUAGAAUGGCAACUCUCCGCUCCCCACCAGCGGCUGAGCUGUUUACCUCACCCCCCGUCGAACAUAGUUUAGUCUCGAUCGUACGGGUGUCAAACGUCACAAACACAGUUGCGCGUGUACGAUGACGUCAAUGUGUGGUGUCUGUGUAAAACAAGGUUGUAUGAAGUGUCCGGGAUGUGUUAUUUUGUAUAGAACACGAUUAAAGUCGCCUUAUAGUGAAAAACACGUAAGCACCUUUUUGAAAAAAUCUGUUUCGAAUGUGAUUUUUGGCAACAAAACCUCGCAAUAGACACCCUAGUUUGAAUCCAGGUAUAUAUUUGUGGUCUCAAUAUUAAAGCCGUAAUGAAAUAUAUUAUUCGCACGCUGUAUGGUUGAGUGAUGGAUUUUUUUUUUGAUAUAAUAUAUAUUUAAGAUCUUUUGUACCACUCUAGAGCGAAUAAAUUUUAUUUCAUUUCA